UGAGGUUAGGAAGAGCCAAAAACGUGAGUGGAGAAGCAGCCUGAGACCAUCCCGGGUGGCGGAGCCGGGAUGCCCGAGCCUUGGUCUCCCCGGUUAGGAUUCCGCCAGGUUUUUGGACACGGCAGUGAUGCUCCAGCGGGUCCCACUGGCCGUCGGUGGCAUCCAAGGGUUGUCCCUUUGUGCCUCCAGGGCAGGAGGGCAGUUACCUGAACGCAGCGUUCCCUUUUUGCUUUCUAAUCCUUCUAUUUCAUCUGGCAGAACUCCCUGCCUUCCCAGCCGUGCCCCCCUCAGGGCUCCGGCCGGUGCUGAAGGGUCGGGGGGGAUUUUGGCAUCUUGUUCUCGGUGGAGCUCCCGGCGUAAAUCCAGCACCCACUGGGCUGGCUGUAAUUAGCCAGAAGCCAUCAGAAACCCCGGUAGCGUAUGGAAAUGCAAAGCUUGCUUAGAUACAUCACCGUGCCGCAGUUCAGCGCAAGGCGGCCGCGUGUCAGACACCAAACCUGCUUUUUAAUCACUUUUCCUUUAUUUCAGGAGCCGGAAAAUUCAAAUCCGGAACAUCCCACCCCAGCUGCGAUGGGAGGUUCUGGAUGGUUUGCUGGCCCAGUAUGGCACUGUAGAAAACUGCGAGCAAGUGAACACGGACAGCGAGACGGCCGUGGUCAACGUCACCUACGCCAACCGGGAGCAGACCAGGCAAGCCAUCAUGAAGCUGAACGGGCACCAGCUGGAGAACCACGCGCUGAAGGUCUCCUACAUCCCCGACGAGCAGUCCAUGCAAGGGCCAGAGAACGGGCGGCGGGGCGGCUUCGGGGCGCGCGGUGCCCCCAGACAGGGCUCCCCAGUCACCGCGGGGGCACCGGUCAAGCAGCAGCCGGUGGAUAUCCCCCUCCGCCUCCUGGUGCCCACCCAGUAUGUGGGCGCCAUCAUCGGCAAGGAAGGGGCCACCAUCCGGAACAUCACCAAGCAAACGCAGUCCAAGAUCGACGUGCACCGGAAAGAAAAUGCAGGAGCUGCAGAAAAAGCCAUCAGCAUCCACUCCACGCCCGAGGGCUGCUCCGCCGCCUGCAAGAUGAUUUUGGAGAUCAUGCAGAAGGAGGCGAAGGACACCAAGACAGCUGAUGAAGUGCCUCUGAAAAUCUUGGCCCAUAACAACUUCGUGGGGCGCCUGAUCGGCAAAGAAGGGCGAAACUUGAAGAAAGUGGAGCAGGACACGGAGACAAAAAUCACCAUCUCAUCCUUGCAGGACCUGACUCUGUACAACCCGGAAAGGACCAUCACGGUGAAGGGCUCCAUCGAGAACUGCUGCAAAGCGGAGCAGGAGAUCAUGAAGAAAGUGAGGGAAGCCUACGAGAACGACGUGGCUGCCAUGAGCUUGCAAUCUCACCUCAUCCCUGGCCUUAACCUGGCUGCGGUUGGCCUCUUCCCUGCCUCCUCCAAUGCUGUACCUCCUCCGCCGAGCAGCGUCUCCGGGGCCGCGCCGUACAGCUCCUUCAUGCCUCCGGAGCAGGAGACCGUGCACGUCUUCAUCCCCGCGCAGGCGGUCGGUGCCAUCAUCGGCAAGAAGGGCCAGCACAUCAAGCAGCUUUCCCGGUUCGCAAGUGCCUCUAUCAAGAUUGCCCCUCCGGAGACGCCGGACUCCAAAGUGCGCAUGGUCGUCAUCACGGGCCCUCCAGAAGCUCAGUUCAAGGCCCAAGGCAGGAUUUACGGGAAGCUGAAGGAGGAGAACUUCUUCGGGCCGAAGGAAGAAGUGAAGCUGGAGACGCACAUCCGCGUCCCUGCCUCGGCCGCGGGCCGGGUCAUCGGCAAAGGGGGCAAAACCGUCAACGAGCUGCAGAACCUGACGGCGGCAGAGGUGGUGGUGCCACGGGACCAGACCCCCGACGAGAACGAGCAGGUCAUCGUGAAGAUCAUCGGGCACUUCUACGCCAGCCAGAUGGCUCAGCGCAAGAUCCGAGACAUCCUGGCCCAGGUGAAGCAGCAGCACCAGAAGGGACAGAGUGGCCAGACGCAAGCGCGGAGGAAAUAAGAGCGGCACCGACACCAACGUGAAAACGCGGAACAAGCCAAUGCCGGGCUUAAGAGUGGCUGGGAAUCAGUUACCGUAGACAGAUGCUAAUUUGUUUCAUUAACCGAUCGAGAUUAAAGGGCAGUUUGAUUGGCUUCCAGGGUAGAUGGCUAGGGUAAUACAAAAAUGGGAUCCGUUUUUAGCUCCAGGUGCCGGGACAGCUACUUAAAUGAAGCGAGAGGUGCUGAGCCACACGCCGGCUCAGCCGAGACCGGCGCCGGGUGCGCGGGGACGGCGGCGCCGGGUCCCCUCUCGCGGGUGCAGCAUUUGCCCCUCUCAUUUAAGUAGCCUUUUGGAGGUCCCGUCCCAGCCGGGGCACCCAGUGGGGCUGCGUCUCCCUGACCCCCGGCUC